AUGCUGAAGCUUUUGGUUCCCAUCGGCGUUACCGCUGUUUCUGUUGCCCCUUGUGGCCCCAUCAAGUCACCUCAUGGUCCGCCAAUCACUUCCCUCGAGCACAAAGGCAUUUUUCCGGGUGACUCAGCUUCGCCUUAUCAUGACUUCAAGCUACAGAAACGAGGAGGCACCUUCUCCUCUCUCUGGAAAGGGGAGCAUUUCGAGCCUACGACUUCCGAGCCGACCCCGCCCUUCCACCCUUUACUGCCGCUGGAUUCAACGCUAGAGUUCUUGAGCAUGGGACUUCAUGAUCCUCAAGCCGUUGAGAUCAUCGCAUUUCACCGGAGGUACGAUAAGAUCAUCGAUCCGGCAACUUUGCCUCCACCUCUCGCGGUCAAAUUGGCCCGAAAAUACGAGGGAUACCAACGCUGGUUCCCGCUUAGGGGCGAGGACAAUCGCGCCAUGCAGGACGAUGAGGCUGUCCAGCUUUUCCGUACCGAUGUGAUGAGGAAUCGUUUUGCUUCCAUGCGAGACUAUCUCGAUCUCGUCAAGCAACACGCCGUGGCUUUGCGUCUUGACUCGCGCGUUUUGGCGAUUCGCGAAGGCCUUUGCGGGCGCAGCAGUACGCACAAUGGGAGCUCAACAAGAAAGCGGAACGAAUCAGACAAAACUUGCCGCGCUUGCGUCAAGAUCACGACCUUCUCGUCAAGCUCGAGACGGAAUUCGAAGACCUGGUCCGUAAAACGACGCAAGCGGGACCGCAUCAUGUACGUCGCAACGUGGAAGCGUACGCUGCCAGCAAAGAUCUGUGUCGAACAGAGCCUGCCUCGAGCUCGGUCAAGCUAA